AUGAAUAUAUAUAUGAUUUAUCGAAAAGAAUUUAAUCGUAUAGUUUCAAAAUUUAAUCUUGCACGUAAAGAACAUUUCUUGGGAAAAAUGAACCACAAUAUAUUAAAUAUUAUUACAAACAAUUUGCAAAAAAAUGUUAAAAGACGUUUCGAAGAAAUUGUCCCUUCUCUUUGUUUUUUCCACGUCAAUCAAGUAUCUAAUACAAAUGAUAAUCACGUCCCUUUAGACACCACUUACAUUAAUCAUCCGGUUCAUCCACUUCAUUCACCUCAUUCAAUUCAUCCAAUACAUCCAAUUCAUCCAAUUCAUCUAAUUCAUCCACCUCUUCCACUUUAUAAUAAUUAUCAAAAAUUUCUAGAUGCUUAUCCUCUGCUCAUUAAUUCUACUAAUUCUCCACUUCUAAAUAUAGAUCAAGAAACUAACAUGGACCUUUAUAAAUAUAUGACUAUAGAUGAUGACGAAUUUAUUGAUUAUUUUCCUGAAGAUAUUGCCUUAACUUAUAAAGCAAUUAUCCAAUCUUUACCUUUUAAUGACUUAAUCGUGUGGUAA